GGGGAAUGGAGCACCUGAAUCACAUGAUAUGGAGGGGAAUGGAGCACCUGAAUCACAUGAUAUGGAGGGGGAUUGGAGCACCUGAAUCACAUGAUUGGGAGGGGAUUGAAACGCCUGAAUCACAUGAUAUGGAGGGGAUUGGAACACCUGAAUCACAUGAUAUGGAGGGGAUUGGAACGCCUGAAUUACGUGAUAUGGAGGGGAUUGGAACGCCUGAAUCACGUGAUAUGGAGGGGAUUGGAACGCCUGAAUCACGUGAUAUGGAGGGGAUUGGAACGCCUGAAUCACGUGAUAUGGAGGGGAUUGGAACGCCUGAAUCACGUGAUAUGGAGGGGAUUGGAACGCCUGAGUCACGUGAUAUGGAGGGGAUUGGAUCACCUGAAUCACAUGAUAUGGAG